AUGCGCAACGAUUUGCGGAACGAGAUGCGCACGAUUAACAGGAAGUUGGAUGAUUUAGACCGUAAAGUGGACGGCCUAGACCGCAAGGUCACGGUCUUGGACAAGAACUUCACGGCGCGUAUGCAGAACAGCAUCGUCGUUCACGAGAGUGUCGACUUGGCGCCCCUCUGCAAUGUCCGCACGGGGAACCCGAUUCCCGGCUGCCCAGCGACUCUGGGAGACUUGGACAAUGUUUCUUCACAGGAAGCGGCCGACCUACUACGGAGUUGGGUGAAUCGGUCCCGAGAGGACUAG